AGGAUGGGGAACUUAUCUUCAUCGAUAUUACUCACUGUAUAAUUCAAGUUUUCUAUCUCUUUGAAACAAGUGUUUCAGUUCCGUAUUUGACUGGACCUCAAUCAAUUCAAGUUGCAUUUAUUCUGGGGCUUCUUCUACCCGAAUGUCGAAUGAACACAUAAAACUUUUAAAAAGAGACGAAGAAGAGCGAAUUUUUGAAAGCAUGGAACUUAUUUUAAAUAUUUGUAGCAUAUUAGUGCUGUGUGUGAUAGUCAAUGCGGAUUUACCAUAUACUCACGUAUACGGACCUAUUCGCCCAACUCCAAAUCCAACCAGGGGCAUAUCUGCUUUUGUUGGCCCAAAAGGUGCCCGUGGGCCCCCGGGACGCAUUGGACCAAUGGGCUUCACAGGAGCUAAAGGCAAACCGGGCCCAGUUGGUCAACAAGGUCGAAUGGGACCGAUAGGGCCGGCUGGUCCCCAAGGAGAAAAUGGAACUUCAAUCACCGGCCCCCGAGGACCCCCAGGACGAAGAGGUCCCAGAGGCCCCAAGGGAGAUGAGGGAGCCGAGGGAUCUCCUGGGGAAAAGGGCGAGACAGGCAAACAAGGAAAUAAAGGUGACAUGGGGACGAUGGGACCAGCAGGAUUGAACGGCACAGACGGACGCCCUGGAGAAGGAAGGCAAGGAAUGCGCGGACCUAAGGGAAAGAAAGGCGAGGCCGGAUCAGGAAAUAUGGAUUUUGAUAUAUUGGAAUACAUUAUCAAGAAAAAUGUAGAAAUUUUAUUAGAUGAUUUGAAAGAUGAGCAAAGAGACUUCAGAAAAGAACUGCAAGAGACUCUUAAAGCGACAAGAACUGAAAUUAACCAACUUCGAGAUAUCGUUGCUGAUCUUUCAAUGAAAGUACAAUAUAUGACAGCUGUUAAAGAAAACGGCGUCGGUGAAGUCGAAGAGGCCGAACCUGUAGACGUGGAACCGUGACAAAGAUGAGUUUAUGGUGAUAACGUAUUCUGAAGAAUAUUUCUAUUCAAACGCAGCUUAUAGUAGAAAUUGAAAUGUUUGAAACUUAAUCUACGAACGAAUAAAAAUUAAAUGUUUAUA